GAGCGCAGCUUUAUUCAGUCUGCUGCUGUAUCGAUGAAGAGGAGGAGAGGGAGGAUGAAGAGCAGGGAGCCUCCAUCUGAUCAGGUCAUCGAUCCGCGAUGAUCGAUCCUCGAUCCCGGAGUGGCUGCACGAGGACGACAAUCAAUGAGCCGAUCGAUCGCACAGGUGUGACCCCGGCGGAGGAGGAGGGUUUCUGGGUCAUGUGACCGACGAGCCGCCGGACCGACCCCCGCCGCAGGUGACCCAGGUGAGAGCAGCUGAUCUCGAGCGGAGCGAGUGUGUGUGGAGCGGCCGAGAGGGAGGGGGCGGGGCACAUGGGAAACACCAGCCAUGGAGGUCAAAGGUCAACUCACCUCAACAUCUGACCCUGUCACCUGUCCAGAAAGGAAGCACAAGGAGCGAAUGGCAGAGCUGCAGGAGAGGAGGCGGGGCCUGCAGGCGCUGCUGAGCACUCGAUUGGCUGAACUGAGACGUAUCUGUCUGCAGGAGGUGGAGCUGACGGGGGCGGUGCCAACCGACUUCCCCCUGGAGGCCGGUGAGAAACCGACCUGUGUCAGACGGAGAGGAGGGACGUCUCGCCAAGGAAACAGGAAGUCAAGAUCAGAGGAUGAAGACUCUCAGCGUUCAAAGCCGAAGAAAAAUCUAUUCAGUGGAGCUCUGAGGAAACACAACGACCCUGAACACAACACGCAUAUCCACACACACCACGGCAAGAGGACCGUACACAGAGGCUGCCACACAGACACUGUGAGGUCAGAGAGCAGCUCCACUUCAGACUCCCCAGGAAUAGAAAACGAUGAUGGGGGGUCCCGGCCCCUGCUGGUCUCUAGUGGUUCUCCUGUAGUCCUCUUCCAGAACAAGACCAGGAGGAGCUCUCUGCACAUCAGGACUGACCUGCCAGAGACUCUUCAGACCCUCAAGCCCCUCCCCCUCCAUCCUCCACCCCCCCGCUCCCAGGACUCCUCCUCCGGCCCAUCUGAGGGGCGCGGGGGGGAGGGGCUUAGAGGGAGGGAUGGGAGGAGCUCCCAGGACUCCUCCUCCGGCCCAUCUGAGGGGCGCGGGGGGGAGGGGCUUAGAGGGGAGUGGAGCGGGGAGGAGGGGCGCGGGGGGGCGGCGUACAGCGACGUCCUGCUGGACUACGUUUGGGGGAAACAGCAGCAGCUGCACCUGCAGCAGCCCCACAGCCGGCAUCCAAUCGCAUCGCAGCAUGAGCUGCUCUUCCACGGCUCCUCCCCCGAGCCGCUCGGAGCCCCGCCCACCUACCGCGACUCAGCGGGAGGAGAUUUAGGCCUUCCUCCUGGCGGCCUGGAAGACCCCGUCACCCCACCUGCACUUAUAGAGCAGCCUGAUAAGGGACUGACCUGCCAGAGACUCUUCAGACCCUCAAGCCCCUCCCCCUCCAUCCUCCACCCCCCCGCUCCCAGGACUCCUCCUCCGGCCCAUCUGAGGGCGGGGGAGGGCUAG